AUGUCGCUAGUUCAAGGUUAUAGCUCUGAUGAAAGCAGUGACCAAGGUCACUCUAAUCAAAAUGAAAGUGAUGAGCUUUCGAAAGACGUCAGGCUAUCGAAUUCCCUUUCUUCAGUCGGAGGAGAAGAAUUUAAUAAACGAAAGUUUUAUUUUACCAAAGCAGAACUAAGAUCGAAAAGACGAAAACGAAAAGGACAAGGGCCUUGGUCAAGUUGGGAUACAUCAGAUGAAGAGGUGACUUCGAAUGAGAAUGUUCUUGAACUUAAUGAUUACCGUGAAACUCAAGAAGAAGCAUAUAAUAGCGAUAUUGAGGCGGACACCAAGGAAAACUCCAUAUUUUAUGGUACAAAUCUAGUAGAUUACCAAGGCAGGGGAAUUUUGCAUCCUCCCAUCGAAGAAGACGUGGACUUUCACAAGCCUUCCCUAUCUUUCAAGUGCUACCUUCCGAAAAGACUUAUACACACGUAUGAUGGGCACGGAAAUGGUACCACAGUUUUAAGAGCCCUCCCUACGACAGGACACCUUCUGUUGUCUGGAGGUAACGAUAACAAGGUGAAACUUUGGGAUGCAUAUCGAAGUCGAGAACUACUAAGAGACUAUUCUGGUCAUUCAAAAGCAAUCAGGGAUACCAAUUUUUCAGGUAACGCCAAACAGUUUAUCAGUGUUUCAUUUGACCGCUCAGCUAAGAUUUGGGAUACGGAAAUUGGAGUCGUAAAGUCGCGCUAUCAUUUUUCCAGCGUUCCAAAUUGUGCGACAUUUCAUCCCGUGAAUGAUAAUGAAUUCCUUGUGGGCCUUUCAAAUUCAGAAAUCAGGCAUUACGACACUCGUUCAUCUUCUAAUGAAGGCUGUAUACAGGUUUACGACCACCACUUAUCUUCGAUUAUAGCAUUGAAAUACUUCCCUGAUGGUUCCAAAUUUAUUUCCUCUUCGGAGGAUAAGACAGUUAGAAUAUGGGAGAAUCAAAUUAAUAUUCCAAUAAAGCAAAUAAGUGAUACUGCUCAAUUUGCAAUGCCGUACCUCGAUAUCCACCCGGAGAAUUCUUAUUUCGCUGCCCAGAGUAUGGAUAAUACCAUUUAUACUUUUUCUAUGAAACCAAAGUAUAAAAGGCAUCCAAAAAAAAGUUUCUCAGGACAUAAGUGUGCAGGAUACGGUGUCGGAAUUGCAUUUUCCCCUGAUGGUCAAUUCAUUUCAUCAGGUGACACACAGGGGCGUGUUUUCAUAUGGGAUUGGAAGAGCACGCGAAUUUUGAAGCAAUUCGAAGUCCCGGACAAAAAGCCUGUUAUUGCUGUUGCAUGGAAUCCACAAGAGACCAGUAAGAUUUACUGUAGUGGAAAUGGUGGGAAAAUUUACUUGUACGACUAA